AUGUUUGGGAGAUUUAUAUUCACCUGGAGUGCUGUGUUUUGGUGGACUUCCUCAGCUGCAGCAGUGGAUGUACAGGCGCCCACAGACCUGGCACCCACAGACCUGGCAACCACAGAUGUGCUGGCACCCACAGACCUGGCAGCCAAGUGGAUCGAUACCCUGACGGUGGAAGUGUCUUGGAUCAGACCCAGAAAUGUGCAACAAGACUGUAUCCGGUUCGCGUUGGCGCAGGACGGAACCGAGAUCGCUCGGACCAGCUCCACUUUCUUCCGACAGAAUCUUCUGACGGAGAGUUCCUCUGAGUGGAUCUUCAGCGUUCGCACCGUUUCCAGUUGUCACCAGAGCUGGGAGAGCUCCACGGCCCGGAUCACUGUAAAACCCCCCAAACCCAGAGGUGAAGUGUCCGACUUCAGGUGUUAUUUGUCCAACUCUGACAUGAACUGCUCCUGGAUCCCAAACCUGGAUUUUAACCAUUUCUCUCUGUUGUACCGGUGA